AUGUCUGAUCGUGGAAGAGGCCGCGGCGGUGACCGCGGUAGGGGAGGUGACAGGGGAGGACGAGGUGGAGGUGAUCGCGGAGGCGGAAGAGGACGCGGAGGUGGUGAUCGCGGCCGCGGUGCACCUCCCGGCGGUGGCGGCGAAUACCGAGGCCGAGGUGGGCCUCCCGGUGGUGGCGGCGGUGGCGGUCGCGGAGAUUACCGAGGCGGAGGACGCGGUGGCGGUGACCGUGGUGGUUAUGCGGGCGGAGGGCGUGGUGGAGGCGACGGAGGACGCGGUCGCGGCGGCGGCGGCGGCGGCGGCGGCGACCGUGGACGCGGCGGCGACCGAGGGCGUGGGGGAGGCGGAGGCUUCAGAGGACGUGAGCCUGGAGGCAUCUUCAACCCUGGUGGACGCGCCGAAGUCGAUUCUCGCCUCGACGCUUCCCAGGACGAGCUGGUGGCCUCCUUCGGCGCACUCACCAUCCAUCGCGAUGACUUGCCUCUGCGCCCCGGAUUCGGAACUGUCGGACAAGAGAUCAAGCUGCGCGCCAACUUCUUCCCCGUCAAAGUGCCUCGCGGCCCUCUAUACGAGUACGACAUCAAGAUCACGCCUGCAGCGGGCACAGCAAAUAAACGGAUGCGCCGGCGUAUCUUCCAGCUUGCCGAGGAUACUCCCGAUUGGGCGAACAAUGGCCUAAAGGGCAACGUUGCCCACGAUCACGCCUCAAAAGCAAUCACCGCCAAGCAGCUUGCACAGCCGUUGACUGUUACUGUACCAUUCUACGACGAAGACGAAGACGAGUCUCAGGCCAGCAAGAAGGAAUAUGUCCUCACGUUCAAUUUCAUUCAGCCGAUCGACACGCAAAGUCUCAUCAGUCAUCUCAACGGCGACCCCAAGUUCCGCCAGUACGACAUCAUGCCCAUCAUCUCCGCGCUGAAUCUCGUUCUGGGUGCUCAUCCGUCGCGUACUCAAGAAGGCGGUGGUGUCAUGGUCGGCCGCAACCGCUACUUCUUCCCCUCUACGAUGCAGCCCAUGCCACUUGGCGGUGGUCUCGAAGCAUGGAAGGGCUUCUACUCGUCCGUCCGACCAAGCUUCAAGCAGCUCAUGGUCAACGUGAACGUGGCAACGACGGCAUUCUACACGCCCGGCAACCUCGCAGAUGGCAUGUACGCCUUCGAGCAAGCUAGCUUCGGGGCGCGCAUGGCUGGCUUCUGCAAGGGAGUCAGGAUCCGCACGGAGCACCUCGGGUAUCGCAAGACCGUCAAGAAGCUCGCGAACGCUACGGCAAAGUCGCAUAAGUUCGACUGCCCUGAGCUUGGGGGUAUGGUCACUGUCGUGCAUUACUUCAAGCAGAAGUAUAACAUCGACCUUCGCUACCCCGACAUGCAGCUCGUAGAUGUGGGCGGCCAAAAGCAGAACCUACUCCCUCCCGAACUUUGCACCAUUCUCCCCGGCCAGGCCUUCCGUGGCAAACUGCUCGACGAGCAGACCGCGAACAUGAUCACCGUAGCCGCGAAGCCGCCGAAUGUCAACGCAGCGACGAUCACUCAGUCCGGUCUGAAAGAACUCGGCUUCAAGUCCGGUCCCUCGCAAUCACCUGCGCUGGGCGCCUUCGGCGUAGGCAUCGGAACGGAGAUGGCCGUCGUACCUGGUCGUAUCCUCCCUCCUCCGGGUAUCCAAUACGGCCGCGGAAAUCCUGCUGUGGACGAGCGCGCGAGCUGGAACUUGAAGGGCGUGAAGUUCGCUCUUGGCGCUCCGCUCAAGCAAUGGGGCGUGCUCCUGAUCAAAGACGGUGGCCGCGACGAGUUCCAGGGCAUCAACGAUCCGGAGCUGAAGCAGACGAUCGAUGGGUUCUCCCGGAUGUGCAGCACGAGCGGUAUGAAGGUCGAUGGCGCGCAACCACAGUUCGUUGAAGUACAGCUCCCGCGCAAGAACCCCACGGACCCUACGCGCGACCAGGCAAUCGGAGCUAUCCGCUCUGCGAUGAUGGGCCAGUUCAAGCCUAAGCCUACCGUCGUCCUCGUCAUCCUCUCGUCUGGUGACAAGCACGUCUACGCGGGUAUCAAGCAUCUCUGCGACGUCUGGCUGGACGUGCCGACCGUGUGCGUGCAGAGUUCGAAGAUCCGCAAGGAGAAGGGCCAGAUCCAGUACUUCGCGAACGUGGGACUGAAGCUCAACAUGAAGCUCGGCGGUGUCAACCAUUCGCUCGACGAGAACAGCCUGAGCAUCCUGAAACGCACGCCGACCAUGUUGGUCGGAAUGGACGUCACACAUCCAGGCCCGGGCACUGUCAAGGGUACACCGAGUAUCGCGGCCGUCGUGUCGAGUCAAGACCUUAGGUUCGCUCAGUAUCCGUGCAGUAUGCGCAUUCAGGAGUCGAAGAAGGAGAUGAUCUCCGACUUGGAGCCGAUGAUGAAAGAGCGGCUGGAGUCCUACCAAAAAUCGAACCAAAAGCGGACGCUUCCCGAGCGCAUCCUCGUCUACCGCGACGGUGUCUCCGAAGGCCAGUUCCACCAGGUACUCGAACAAGAGGUCCCGGAGAUCAAGAAGUCGUUCCGGCACUUCAACACCGCCGGCAAGCCCUACAUGCCCCAGCUCACCGUCGUCGUCUGCGGGAAACGCCACCACACGCGGUUCUAUCCCACCGACGCCGCACACGCCGAUAAGGACGGCAACCCGCGCCCGGGCACCGUCGUCGACCGGGGUGUAACGGCCGUGUACGACUUCGACUUCUACUUGCAGGCGCACGGCGGGCUUGUUGGUACGACUCGCCCGACGCACUACAUCGUCAUCAUGAACGAGAUGGGCCUCGGCGCCAACGAGCUGCAGACGCUCACGAACAACGUCAGCUACACCUUCGCGCGGGCUACUAAGGCCGUCAGCCUCGUCAGUCCGGCUUACUAUGCCGAUCUGGCGUGCGAGCGCGGGCGUUGCUACAUCCACAAGCUGCUGCAAGGCUUCUCGAGCUCGGGCACGACGAGCGCUAGCGGAGAGAGCGGGAACGAUAGCGUCUGGAGGGAGGCCGAGCAGCUUUGGCACGGUGGCGUUAACGGGAGGCUGAAGGACAUCAUGUUUUACUUGUAA